AACUACACAUCCACGUUCACACUGCUGAGCACAACCAAAUACAAAAUAAAAAAAACACGCGCAGUUUUUAAUAAUUUUUUAACGGGACAGUUUUUUUUGUUUGAUGCGGAGUCGGUUGAUUUUGGCGAGCAAGAAAACACGCCAGAAAAGCGACGUAAAUCGAUAACACAACAACCUCAUCCUCCCGAAAACUGCACCCACUCUACACACACCACACACAAAUAAUGGGUCAAACGCUAUCGGAACCGGUGACCGCCAAGGAGUCCUCCUACUGCCAGAAUGCCGCCUUCCGCGUGGGCUCCAGCUGUAUGCAGGGAUGGCGCAUCAACAUGGAGGACUCGCACACCCACAUCCUCUCGCUGCCCGACGAUCCCGGAGCGGCCUUCUUCGCCGUAUACGAUGGCCAUGGAGGCGCCACGGUGGCCCAGUAUGCCGGCAAGCAUCUGCACAAGUUUGUGCUCAAGAGACCGGAGUACGGCGUCAAUAUCGAGGAGGCACUGCAGCAGGGCUUUCUUGACAUAGACUACGAGAUGUUAAACAAGGAGUCAUGGGGCGACCAGAUGGCCGGCUCCACGGCCGUGGUGGUUUUGGUCAAAGACAACAAGCUGUAUUGCGCGAAUGCCGGAGACUCGCGGGCCAUUGCCUGCGUGAAUGGCCAACUGGAGAUCCUGUCGCUGGACCACAAGCCCAACAAUGAGGCGGAGUCCAAGCGGAUCAUCGAGGGCGGCGGCUGGGUGGAGUUCAAUCGGGUCAACGGGAAUCUGGCCCUCUCCCGGGCACUCGGCGACUUUGUCUUCAAGCGGGCGAACAAAAAGCCGGAAGAUCAGAUCGUCACAGCCUACCCGGACGUGGAGACGCGCAAAAUCAUGGAGGACUGGGAAUUCAUCGUGCUGGCCUGCGAUGGCAUUUGGGAUGUGAUGAGCAAUGCGGAAGUGCUCGAGUUCUGUCGCACGCGCAUCGGCAUGGGCAUGCAUCCGGAGGAGAUCUGCGAGGAGCUGAUGAACCACUGCCUGGCGCCCGACUGCCAAAUGGGCGGCCUCGGCGGCGACAAUAUGACCGUGGUGCUGGUCUGCCUGCUCCACGACCGUCCCUACAGCGAUCUGAUAGCCCGGUGCCGGAAUAGCAACCAGGUGACCAGUGAUCAGGUGGCCAAUGCCAAGGAUGAAGAAUCACAUGCUGCCGCCGAGGCGGAAACAGAAACCGAAACCGAUACGGAGACGGAAAUGCAAUCCAAACCCUGCCAGCAGAAGCAAUCCAACAGCAAUCCCAAUCCGGGACAAGCCACGCCCACACAACCACCCACGGACAACGACGAGAUGAAGCUGGAGAAGGAGUCACAGGAUGCGCUGCUGGCAGCGGCCGAAAUGCAGCUGAACUAUAUCUACUAGUAGUGCGCCUUACGAUUAAUAAUUAGGGUUACUCCACAAUACCGCUUAGGUCAAACUCUUUAUACUUAACAACGCAAGUGUUCUUGGUUAAGUUUUAUAUAAACAACACAACACAACUCAAUACACCACACAGUCCUUACCAAAAUGUUUGCUCCGAUUAAUAAUUAAUUAUAUAAUUUGUUUUAAUUGUAACCCCCACGAUGCGUGUAUAUACAUAUAUGCCUUGUCUAACUAUAUAUAUUGUAUGAUUUAACUAUGUUUUGUGAUGCCCAAGCAAAAUGGAUAAAAAAAAUUGUAUUACUCGUUUAGUAUUUAUGUACCCAAAUAUACUUCUCAAAGUUGUUUGGAAUUGAUCUUUAAGAGAUGAGUGAAGAGUUUCAAAAUUAAAAAUAAAGAAAAUGUUUUGUAGUGCCCAAGAAA